AUGAAUUCCAUGAUUACGACUACAGCAUGGGUGCGACGAGGUGUCGCUGCUCAGUUCCCCACCAAAUACGAGAUUGACGAGGAGGAAAUCAAUCGGAUAUCAGAGAUAGCCAGGCUGCAAUUGGAAGAUGCCAAGGGAGAUUUGGACGCCGCUAGAGAGGAGAAAAAUGAUGAGGAUGCAAUGGAUGAAGAGACCGAUGCAAAGGCGGCAAAGGGGGCGGGAAAGAGCUCAGCAAAUGGAAAACAGGAUGAGGAAGAAGAUGAUGAUCUUAAGGAGUAUGACCUCGAUCAUUACGAUAGUGACGAGGUUGACGAGGAUGGUGAAGAGGUCACCAUGUUCGGCAAUGUCAAGUCUCUUGCCUAUCAUCAACCAGGCGAGAAGGAUCCGUAUCUCGAAUUUCCCGAAGAAGAGGCAGAUGAAGAUCGGGAAGAGCUACAGAUUCUUGGAACGGAUAAUUUGUUGGUUGCGGGCAAAGUUGAAGAUGAAGUCGCGCAUCUAGAAGUGUACGUGUAUGAAGACUCGGCAGACAAUCUAUACGUCCACCACGAUAUCAUGCUCCCAGCCAUCCCUCUCUGCGUCGAAUGGCUCGAUUUUCCAGUUGGAAAGGGAGUUGAAGGCCGCACAAGCGGUAACUUCGUUGCUGUUGGUACUAUGGAACCAGAAAUUGAGAUCUGGGACCUCGACAUUGUUGACUGCAUGUAUCCAAAUGCCAUCCUUGGACCUGGCGACAGCAAUGAUGAACAAAGCUCAAGCAACAAAAAGAAAAACAAGAAGAAGAGCAAAAAAGCAAACGACGAAUAUCACGUUGACUCCGUAUUGGCACUAGCAGCCAACAGACAACAUCGCAAUCUUUUGGCCUCUGCGUCAGCGGAUAUUACAGUCAAAUUAUGGGAUCUCAACACGCAGAAAUGCGCUAAGUCAUAUAGCUACCAUAAGGACAAGAUUUGUGCACUUGACUGGCAUCCGAAGGAAUCCACAAUUUUGCUCAGUGGAAGUUAUGAUCGCACCGUUGUUGCGGCAGAUAUGCGAGCACCCGAAGCGAAAGCGCCUCGCUGGCAGGUAGCUUCUGAUGUCGAGAACCUACGCUGGGACAUCCAUGAUUCCAACUUUUUCUAUGUCACCACCGAUAAUGGAAUUGUCUACAAAUAUGACAUUCGCAAUGCACCUGUUGCGCUUAGUGACUCGAAGCCUGUCUGGACGCUGCAGGCACACGACGAUUCCGUAUCCUCUUUCGACAUCAACCCAACCAUCCCCGGGUUUUUGGUAACUGGGUCAUCGGACAAGCAGGUCAAACUAUGGGACACAGCAAAUGAUAAACCUAGCAUGGUGGUAUCGCGCAAACUCGAGGUUGGUAAAGUGUUCUCGACAUCGUUCGCCCCCGACCCAGAAUUAAGCUUCCGUCUUGCUGUUGCCGGUAGCAAGGGCGUGGUGCAGAUUUGGGACACGUCGACCAAUGCUGCUGUGCGUCGGGCAUUCGCAGGCCGUCUUCCAGAUUUUACUCCUGGCGAGGAUGGGCACGUUAAGGAGAGGAUUAUGGGUGUCAAUCAAAACGAUGAAAGUGACUCAGAGGACGAGGAAGCAAAUGAUGAUGAAGCUCAAAAGGAUGGAUGGGAGUCUAUGGAUGAGGAUUAA